CUGUCUGCUCCCAUCCUCCUCUUUUCUUCACUUCCAACAUGUCUUUGUUUUCAUAGCUUGGUAAAACUUUGGGUCCUCAGCUUGUUGAUCUCUGUGUGGACCUGCUGAGCAUCCUGUUGUACCGGGACAAUGAAAUAAAGCUGGAGCAGCAGCAGAAGCAGGAGGAGCAUCAGGCUGAUGGGAUCUCUUCAUGGAUGAGGAGUCUCUGAUGACAGAAGUGUCUUCAAAUGACAAGACCCUGGAGGAUGCACUCACCUUGAUUUUCAGACAUCCUGCACUGGAGAGCUGGUUCCUGGCGUUGGAGCUGUGCUCUAUUCCUCAGCCUGGUCUGAACCCUGUCACUGUGAAGCUCCUGUCAGCUCACCUCCAUUCUGGGGUGCUCCAGCUGCUGAAAACAAGAGAUCACAGACACGUCUUGUCCAAGUAUUUCAAAGCCAUCACCAAAAGUGUCCUGGAAGAGCUGCAGACUGGGGGGAAGGACCAAAGCCAGGUCUAUCCCAGGAAGUCUCACCAGCUGCAGGCUCUGGAGGAGCUGCACAUGUACAUGACUGCAGCUCAGCUGAAGGAGAUCACUUUAACCAUGCUGCAACUUCCUGAGAUGGGCUUGGCUUCUCAGAAGUCUGAAAAAUUCCCUAAAAUAGGGAAGCAGUUAAGCUUCUAUGGACAAAUUUUGGUGCAGCUCUUUACAGACAGCUACCAAAGACAGCCCCAGCAAGGAGAACUUCUGCUGUCCACAGAGCACAUUAAGGCUUUGGGGAAAUUGAUGUCAGCAUCGGCCAGAAGAGAUUUGGAGCGAGUUUUCCUUCAGGCUCUCCAGAUUGAGCCA